UUCCCGUUCACAUGAGCCGGAGAACAACGGAGCUUUCUCUCUAACCGCGCUGGCUGCGGCCUUGCACUAAGUGAGAAAGAGAGAGGCUUGGGGGAGGGGCGGCGUUAGGCCCAAGGCCGGCUGAGGCCCGGAGGUGGCGGGGCAACGGCAGCUACACCAGAGGCGAAUUGGCGAGGUUAUGGACCCCGCCGAGGCUGUGGUACAAGAGAAAGCCCUGAAAUUCAUGGCUAGCUGAUACAAAAAGAAAGGGUUGGGAGAAGAAAAAUAAAGGGCUGAUCCUAGUCAGAAAUCUCUAUACAUCACAUAAGCCACGAAUACACAUGCCUAAAGAUGGAUUCCAACUUACAUCUUCUGGAUACCAAGCAUGGCUAAAACAGUUUAUGAGCACAAGUUUUGGAGAGAAACAGAUGUCCAUGCUUCUUUUUAAUCUCGACUUUUUCCUUCCAUUGGCUGUCUUGCUCGUUGACCAAUAACAUAACAUCCUUAGCAUGCUGAUACCGUUUUUUUAAAAUAUGUUCUAUGCCCCGGUCUCUUUGGCUGGGCUGCUCCAGCCUGGCGGACAGCAUGCCCUCACUGCGAUGCCUGUAUAACCCAGGGACUGGCACACUCACAACUUUUCAGACUUCCUCUGAAAGAGAAGAUUGUAAUAAUGAUGAGCCUCCCAGAAAGAUCAUUCCCGAGAAGAAUGCACUCAGGCAGGCCUAUAACAGCUGUACGAGACUUUGCUUAAACCAAGACACAGUCUGCUUAGGUACUACAAUGAAGACUGAAAGCUGUGUGGCCAAAAAGACUUCUCCUGCAGACAUUGGAGGUUGCAUGGAGGAAGAGUCUUUAAAGACAAAACUUGCCAAUGGUACUUCAAGCAUGAUUGUGCCAAAACAAAGAAAGCUGUCUGCAAGCUAUGAAAAAGAAAAAGAGCUCUGCAUCAAGUAUUUUGAGCAGUGGUCAGAGUCUGACCAGGUAGAAUUUGUGGAACAUCUCAUCUCUCAGAUGUGUCAUUAUCAACAUGGGCACAUAAAUUCAUACUUGAAACCUAUGUUGCAGAGGGACUUCAUCACAGCAUUACCAGCUCAAGGCCUGGAUCACAUUGCUGAGAACAUUCUGUCAUAUUUGGAUGCCAAAUCUUUGUGUUCUGUUGAACUAGUAUGCAAGGAAUGGUACCGGGUGACGUCUGAUGGUAUGCUGUGGAAGAAACUGAUUGAGAGAAUGGUCCGUACCGACUCAUUGUGGAGGGGUUUGGCGGAGCGAAGAGGAUGGGGACAAUAUAUUUUUAGAAACAAACCACCUGAUGGGAUAAUACCACCAAAUUCAUUUUACAGAGCACUUUAUCCCAAAAUUAUACAAGAUAUAGAGACGAUAGAAUCAAACUGGCGUUGUGGAAGGCACAGCUUACAAAGAAUCCACUGCAGAAGUGAAACUAGCAAAGGUGUUUAUUGUUUACAGUAUGAUGAUCAGAAGAUAGUGAGUGGUCUACGAGACAAUACAAUCAAGAUCUGGGACAAAAAUACCUUAGAAUGCAAGAGGAUUCUGACUGGACACACUGGGUCAGUUCUUUGUCUCCAGUAUGACGAGCGAGUAAUCAUCACUGGAUCUUCAGAUUCCACUGUCAGAGUGUGGGAUGUAAAUACUGGUGAGAUGCUCAACACGUUGAUCCAUCAUUGUGAAGCGGUACUGCACCUGCGCUUUAAUAAUGGGAUGAUGGUUACAUGUUCUAAAGAUCGUUCCAUUGCUGUUUGGGACAUGGCCUCCCCAACAGACAUUACUUUACGAAGGGUUCUGGUUGGACACAGAGCAGCCGUCAAUGUGGUAGACUUUGAUGACAAAUACAUCGUGUCAGCAUCAGGGGAUAGAACUAUAAAGGUAUGGAACACAAGUACCUGUGAAUUUGUUCGUACCUUAAAUGGCCACAAACGAGGCAUUGCAUGUCUACAAUAUAGAGAUAGACUAGUUGUCAGUGGUUCAUCUGAUAAUACAAUUAGGUUAUGGGACAUUGAGUGUGGGGCCUGUUUGCGGGUCUUGGAAGGCCAUGAGGAACUGGUGAGAUGCAUUCGUUUUGAUAGCAAGAGGAUAGUCAGUGGAGCCUAUGAUGGAAAAAUUAAGGUCUGGGAUCUGUUAGCAGCGCUCGAUCCCCGUGCCCCUGCUGGAACCCUCUGCCUGCGCACUCUUGUGGAACAUUCUGGCAGAGUUUUUCGACUCCAGUUUGAUGAAUUUCAAAUUGUCAGCAGUUCACAUGAUGAUACUAUCCUUAUCUGGGACUUCCUGAAUGAUCCAGCUACGCAAGCAGAAUCAAACCGCUCCCCAUCCAGAACAUAUACUUACAUAUCCAGAUAAAUGGUACUAUACUCUAGAUUACAGUUGCACAGACUGAGCUGCAAUACUUAAAUGAUCUGCCAAUGCCAGGGCAAAAGAUUUAUCUUCAAAACAGAUUGUUGAAGAGACAGAGGCUCUCAGUCGCUUUCGGAACCAAGUUCUCAUGCAGUUGAUCUCAAAAAAGUUCUUCUCAGCACAGCUGACUGCUUGGGUGCUGCUAUAUCAAAGAUUUAUUUUAUCUUUCCUGAAUGACUGAUGUGCACACUUUCCGUCUUCACAAUGAGUCCCCUCAACAAUUCUUAUCCCCCAUGCUGACUUCCUAUAAAUAUAUUUAACAUGUCAGAAUUUCUUGCUUUGCUCUUAAGCAGAAAAAUCAUUGCCAUCAUUCAUUCAAUUGGGAAUCCCUUUUGAUGAGCAAGUAAGAGAGGAACAGCGGGCUGAUGCCUCUAACUUUUGAGACUUAUAUAGAUGGUCCCCCUCUUUCAUUGUAAGAUGGCCUUGGACUGUAAAGAAUUGCCAGGUUAAUGCCAAAUGAAGGCCCAGGUGGCCGGAAACUAGUUAAAUGGUCAUAAUGGGAGUUUAAAACAAUUUCAGUUAAGACCUUUGCAUUUAUUUAUCUGUAUGAAAUGUUAGUCUGAGAGAUGCUAGUAAAUGAAAAUGUAAGUUUUAUUUGUUAAGUCUAAUAUUGCUUAAGUGGAGAGGUUUAUUGAUCAUCAAUUUCCUUGUUUUGAUGGAUGCCAUAUUUAAGGAAGGCAUAGUAGAAACAGUUACAGAAACUACAGGGUUGCCCACACACUUAUAGCUUCCUACCUUUUUCCUACAUCUAUAUUAAAUAAAUGCUUGCCAAAAAAAAUCUUAUUCUUCCUACAAACCUAGUUGAAUCAUUUGUGAAUGAACCAGCAUUUUUGUAUUCUCCCACCUAAUUAGAAAGGAACUUAUAAAAUAGUUGAUAUUAUGACUCCACAUUUCAGCCUUCAAGCUGGAAGCCCAGUUUAUGUAGGAAGAGAAAAUAGUGGGAGGGAAAUUGGUGCAGAUUUAGAGAUAAAUUGGUGCAGAUUUAGAGAUAAAAAUAAACUUGUUCUUUAUUUCUAAGUAAUCCCAUGAUAAGGCCAUUACGCGGUCACCCUCACCAACUGGGGGUAUUGGAAGAUAGGAGCUGAAUUCAGUUGGCAAAGGUUUUUUUUUAAGUGUGAAAUUCCAGAAAACAAAAUGCUUAUGUUGCUAGAGUAGUAAUUGCACCAGUACAAGUCCUAGUAGCAAUCUCAGUGGAUCCUAUGUUGAUGGGAACGGAGAAUAUUUGGGCAGCUGGUUCUGUCUGUGUUUUUCAUCCCAUAUAUAAUCUAUUAUCCAGACCCCUAUCAACAAGGAAGUAUAGCCUGAGACGUUGGUUUUCUUGGGAAAGAUGCUAAUCCAAUAUGCAAGUGUGUCUAGAAUGUAAUUUUUUUGAGUUCAGGAUUGUUGUUUUUUUGCUACUACUAAUUAUUUCCUAUAGCAAGAGGAGAAGAAAGAAUUAAGUUAUGGUUAGAAACUUACUAUUACUCUUUAAUCAUUCAUCACUGUUCUCCUAUGUACAAGGCCUACAGCUUUUGCCAUGUGUGUGACAUGCAGUGCAGAAUAUCAGGAGAUUAUUCUCAUCUUCAAAUCAGCAUUUCUCAAUUUCCACAACUUUAAAUGUCUGGACCUGGGAAUUCUGGGAGUUGAAGUCCACAUAUCAUAAAGUUGCUGAAGUUGGGAAGCACUGAUUCAAAUCAAUGUUUUCUCUCAUGAAUGACCUCAGUGUUAGUGCAUGUGUGAUUGUUUUCUCCUGCUCCUGGGUGGAGUUUUAAAUAGGGUAAGAGGUGGCUAGUGCAACUUUGCUUGUAUAUUCAGUCCUGCUCUUUCCUGCUGUUUUACCCAAACAUUUUCCCCAAUCUGUUUGUUUUUAAACAAACCAAAUACUGGCCAGAUAAUCUUGAUGUAUAAUAAAUGUUUUCAUAGAGAAAGUCUCAAUUUCAAGGAAAAAGCUGAAAUUCAGCUAUUUGGAUAGAGUUAUAAUAAAAUCAUUCAUUGCCAUGAAAGUGGCCACAAAAGAAAUACUUUUUCCUUUCAACUUCACCCUGCAUGAACUUGAAAGAAACUUCCUGUUGAAUCUCCACUAAGGCUUUGUGGUUCAUUGGCUCAAAAUAUUCACCUUGUGUUUUCUCUUCUCUUAAAAACAUUAAAUGGAUUGAUUGAAUAUGUAAUUCUCACAUAUCUAAAGUAAAUUUUGCUUUGGAAUGAAUACUAACUUGGAAUUGUGAAUUGUAUGUUCACAGUGGAAGCAAAUUAGAGCACAACUAAAUUUUAGUCAUAAGAAAAAUUCUUACUAUAAAAAUUUGUAUUUCUAAUACUUGCAGUUGUUUAUUUAAAACAAAAAUGUUCAAUUAGGGACACAGCUGAAUAAAAGAGUCCCUUGUAAUAAUGCUGAGCCAUUUUCACUGUUCCAUCAUCAGGGAAGCUGAGCAUUUUAAAGAUUAUAUUAAGAAUUUAUGUAUGUUUAUUACAUUAAAAUGGGAUAAGCACCCCACUAUGCAGUUAACAAAAUCUAUUUUGAUUAAAUAAGAGACUAAGGAAAAAGCUUCAUGUGUAUUCCUCUUUUCUGGUCCCACAGAUAACAAUCCUUUUGAGCCUGUAUGAGUAGUGGGAUUUCACACUUCUCAAAAUUAAACGUUUGGGGAUUUUACUCUCUGAGUGAAAUUCUAAUAGAUCUAGUAACAGCAGCAUCAAGAGAAUUGUAGGUCUGUGUAAUUUCCUGCUGCCCUCUUGGUUUAGGAAAAUCUUUUAAAACUAUUUAAUUUUUUUCAUUUUAAGUAGCCUAUGUGAUGCAUUUUAACAUUACAAGCUAUACAUAAUUAUUUUUUCUUUCCCUACCUAAAUAAUCAAAUUAUUAUUUUCCUGAAAUAGAAAACUUUCCAAAGAGUUGUUUUUCACACUAUAUCUAGAUCAGGGGUCCCCAGCCUUUUGGACCUCAGGGACCACCAAGUUCAUAAUUUUAAAUCCCGCGGACCACUAAUACGAAUCCAGUGCACUGCUUGCUGAAGCGCGUGGACUCCCAGUGAUGGGAUGGGGUCCUUCGGGCAAUCUCCCUCCCCUCUCUUUCUUUCUCUCUCUCCCUCUCUCUUUCUCUCUCUCCUCCCUCUCUUUCUCUCUCUCACACUCUUUCUCAUUCUCUCUCUCUCUACUCUCUCUCUCCCCCCCUUCUCUCCCACUCAUUCUCUCUCUGUUUCUUUCUGUCUCUCUUUCAUUCUUUCUCUUUCUCUCAUUCUCUGACUCUCAUUCUUAUUUUUUAUUUAUUUAUUUAUUUUGUCACAAGAGUAUAUAUAAGCAUAAGCAUGAAAUAACUAUAAGAUAUAUAAGCAUAUAUAUAAGCAUAAGUAUGUAAUAACUAUAUGAAAUUUGGAUACAAUCAAAGGAACAUUAGGAUAGAAACAAUAGGCAAGUUGGUGCUCUUAUGCAUGCCCCUUAUAGACCUCUUAGGAAUGGGGUGAGGUCGACAGUAGAUAGUUUUUGGUUAAAGCUUUGAGGAUUUUGGGAAGAGACCACAGAGUCUGGUAGUGCAUUCCAGGCAUUACAACUCUGUUAUUUAAGUCAUUUUUUCUGCAAUCAAGAUUGGAGCGGUUCACAUUAAGCUUAAAUCUGUUGUGUGCUCAUGUAUUGUUGUGAUUGAAGCUGAAGUAGUCUUCAACAGGAAGGACAUUGUAACAGAUGAUUCUAUGAGUUAGACUCAAGUCAUGUUGAAGGCGGCGGAGUUCUAAAUUUUCUAAACCCAGGAUUUCAAGGCAUAAGGUAUUUUGUUGUAAUUAGAGGAGUGGAGAACUCUGUUUCUCUCUCUGUCUCUCUCAUUCUCUCUCUUUCGUUCUGUCUCUUUCUUUCAUUCUCUCUCUCUCUCUUUCUCUUUUCUCUCUCUCUCUCUUUCUCUUUCAUUCUGUCUUCUCUCUCUUUCUCUCUCCCCCUCUCUCCCCCUCUUUCUCAUUCUCUCUCUCUCUCAUUCUCUUUCUUUCAUUCUGUGUUUCUCUCAUUCUCUCUCCCACCUCUUUCUCUCUCAUUCU